UACACAGAGGGGAAUCAUCUUAUGUCAGAUAGAAGUGUUAAACGUCCCGGGGUGGGGGUCGGGGUGCUGGUCACAGACCCGGCCCACCCUGGCUGUGUUCUCCUGGGGAAACGGAGGAGUCCGAUGGGCGCAGGGAAGCAUCAGCUCCCCGGUGGUCACCUCGAGUUCGGAGAGACGUGGGAGGAAUGUGCUCACAGGGAGGUCCUGGAGGAAGCCGGGGUGCAUCUAGUGAACGUCCACUUCGUGUCCGUGGUGAACUCCAUCAGACUGGAGGAGCAGUACCACUACGUCACCAUCAUCAUGCAGGGAGUCCUGGACAGGAAGCGGUCAGGAGAGCCAGAGAACGUGGAACCAGAGAAGAAUGAGGGAUGGACGUGGACGCGCUGGGACGAGUUUCCUCCAGAGCAGCAGCUGUUCCUGCCACUGGCCGCUCUGAGACAACAAGGCUUCCAACCGUUCACAGAUGCAAACACUGAAACUCAGCAUUAAAACUGCAUGGUACUUAAAAAACGUAUCCUUCCCCAAAAUAAACACACCUUCUGCACCUGG